CCUCAUUAAAACCUGCUAUUAGCUCAUUGGAAGUGAACAUUCACGAUGCAUCUUGGGCCAAAAAGGACAUAACGGAAAAAUUCAACUCUUCACUAAAGAAGGAUAUGAACGAUCUGAAACAAGAAAUUAUGAAAAUUGAUCAUAAAUCACAGGACAAACAAAUACUGGAUAUCAAUUCAGAUCCUGCCAAAGUGCGGCUGCUUUUGGGUGAAAUCCAGAUUUCUGUAGAUGAGCUUCGUGCCCAAGCAGCCACUUAUAUGUCCUACCAGAAACGAUUUAAUGUGGAGGUGAAGUUUGAGUCUUUGGACAUGUUGACCACAGAGGUUCGGCUGAAGCACCUGCUGUGGGACUCUUUGGAGGAAUGGCAGACUUUACAGGAAAAAUGGCGAAAGAGCUUGCUUUUGGAGCUGGACCUGGAGCUGUUAGCAGCACAGGUUACCAAAUACACUAAAUAUGCAAGCCAGCUGGAGAAGGGGCUGCCAUGUAACAAUUUAGUCCCAACUUUUAAGGAGAAAGUGGAAGUGAUGAAGUCUAGGCUUCCUGUGAUAACUGAUCUCCGUAACCCAUGUAUAAAAGCUGAACAUUGGAAAGCUCUGGGGUAUAUUGUGGGACAAAAUCUGGAGGUGGAGAAGCUUACUAUUGCAGAAUUAGAGGAGCUUGAUCUAUUUAACUAUGGGACAGAGAUACAAGAGAUUUCAGGGCAAGCUUCAGGAGAGGCCUCUGUUGAGACCUUAAUUCAAAAGGUGGAGGAUAUUUGGAAAAAUACAGAAUUCACUGUUCUGUCUCAUGGCGACUCCAAAGGAGUUUUUAUCUUAGGUGGAACUGAUGAUAUACAGAUGGUCCUGGAUGACAGCAUUAUCAAUGUUGGGACAGCUGCAUCAUCUCGCUAUGUGAGUCGUAUCAAGUCCAGGGUGGAGGAGCUGCUGAGACAGUUGCAUCUUUUCAAUCAAACCCUGGAUGAGUGGCUCACAUGCCAAAGAAAUUGGCUGUAUCUGGAGAGUAUAUUUUUAGACCCAGACAUAAAGAGGCAGCUCCCUUCAGAAUCUAAGAUGUUUCUCAAAGUGGACAAGUCUUGGAAGAUGAUUAUGGCAAAGGUAAAAAAGAUGCCUAACGCCCUGAGAGCAGCAACCCAGCCUCAUCUACUGGAGACUUUUAAGGACAACAAUGCCCUUUUGGAUGAAAUACAUAAAUGUCUCGAGGCUUAUCUUGAAUCUAAGAGAGUCAUUUUCCCAAGGUUUUAUUUCUUAUCUAAUGAUGAACUGCUUAAGAUUCUGGCCCAGACGAGAAAUCCUCAGGCAGUGCAGCCCCAUCUUAGGAAAUGUUUUGAUUCCAUUACACGCCUAGAGUUUGCCCUGUUGCCUGAAAAACCUCGAGAUACCACAGAGGGUGAUGUUGAUUCUGAACAAGACACAAUCUAUAGCAAAGACAUCCUGAAAAUGAUCUCACCGGAGGGUGAAAAGGUGUCAUUGACUAAAGGACUUAAGGCGCAGGGCAAUGUAGAAGAUUGGCUGUGCAAGGUAGAGGAGGCCAUGUUUGUAUCACUGCGGCGUCUCAGUAAAGCCGCCAUAGCAGAUUACCAGGUCAAGUCCAGAGAGGAAUGGGUUGUGGCUGGACAUCCGUCACAGGUAGUGCUGACGAUCUCCCAGAUGAUGUGGUGCAGAGAAAUGGAUGCCUGCCUUGAAGGGGACCAUGACCACUUUGCUGCGUUACAGCAGUUUGAACAAACCAACUUCAGUAGGCUGAAUUCUUUGGCAGCUUUAGUAAGAGGACACCUACCAUCUUUACAUCGGAAUAUAAUCACCGCGCUUAUCACCAUUGAUGUUCAUGCUAGAGACAUUGUCACAGAUCUUGUCCGGCAGAAGGUGGACAGUAGGUCAAACUUUGAAUGGCAGAGACAGUUACGUUAUCACUGGGACAUGGAUUUGGACAACUGUGUUGCCACUAUGGCUUUGUCCACAUAUAUUUAUGGUUAUGAAUACCUUGGAGCCUGUCCAAGGCUUGUUAUUACUCCACUUACGGAUCGUUGCUAUUUAUGUCUAAUGGGGGCUCUACAGUUAGACCUUGGAGGCGCGCCUGCAGGGCCAGCUGGGACAGGAAAAACAGAAACCACCAAGGAUCUGGCCAAGGCUUUAGCCAUACAGUGUGUCGUCUUCAACUGUUCUGAUGGAUUGGACUACAAGAUGAUGGGCCGCUUCUUCAGUGGUCUUGCUCAGUCUGGAGCUUGGUGUUGCUUUGAUGAGUUUAAUCGAAUUGACAUUGAAGUGUUGUCUGUGAUUGCUCAACAACUCAUCACUAUUCGAAAUGCUAAAGCCGCAAAGCUGUCGAGGUUUCAAUUUGAGGGAAGGGAGAUCAAACUAGUGAUGACCUGUGCUGCAUUCAUUACCAUGAACCCUGGCUAUGCUGGAAGAACAGAGCUGCCUGACAACCUAAAGGCUUUAUUCAGACCCAUAGCCAUGAUGGUCCCUAAUUAUGCUCUUAUUGCUGAGGUGAUUUUAUACUCUGAAGGGUUCGAAUCAAGUAAGACUUUGGCUAGGAAGAUGACCCAGAUGUAUAAGCUAUGCUCGGAGCAGCUGUCACAACAAGACCACUAUGAUUUUGGCAUGAGAGCGGUCAAAUCUGUGCUGGUGAUGGCCGGAUCCCUGAAGAGGAGCAACCCCCACCUCAGUGAAGAUGUGGUACUUAUCCGAGCUUUGCGGGACUCUAACCUUCCAAAGUUUCUCACAGAUGAUGCCGUCUUGUUUGGUGGGAUCUUAUCUGACCUGUUUCCAGGAGUGACUAUCCCUGAGCAUGAUUAUGGUGUGCUACAUUCUACUAUUCUAGAGUCUCUGGUUAAGCGCAAUUUACAGCCUCUGCCUACCAUGACCAAAAAGGUAAUCCAAUUGUAUGAGACUAUGCUAGUGCGGCAUGGAGUUAUGCUUGUUGGACCGACUGGAGGGGGUAAAACUACUGUCUACACCAUUCUGGCCGACACCCUGAAGACCCUUUACAACUCAGAUUAUAAGAAAAGUAACUCCUUCUACCAGCCAGUCAAGACCUAUAUUCUUAACCCCAAAUCAGUGACAAUGGGAGAACUCUAUGGCGAGGUGAACAAUUUCACUCUUGAAUGGAUUGAUGGUCUGAUGGCGUUGAGUGUCCGUGAUGCGGUUAGCGACACGACUGACGAUCACAAAUGGGUCAUAUGUGAUGGCCCCGUAGACGCCCUGUGGAUUGAAAACAUGAACACUGUGCUUGAUGACAACAAGAUGCUCUGUCUCGCCAAUAGUGAACGAAUCAAGCUCACCCCAUCAAUUCACAUGGUGUUUGAGGUUCAAGAUUUGGCUGUGGCUUCUCCAGCAACAGUCAGUCGUUGUGGAAUGGUAUAUAUUGAUCCAGAUGAGCUCAAAUGGAUGCCUUAUGUUCAGACAUGGAUCAGUGGUCUUGGAGACAAGUUUCCAGAGGUAGUCAGCAAAUAUCUCCUGGGAUUGUUUGAAAACUAUGUGGAGAAGGGUCUUCAGUUUGUAUCAAAAAAUUGUAUACAGGCUAUUUGCCAAGUGGACAUAAGUAAAGUCACCACUCUCUGUGCUUUACUUGAAGUAUUGCUGCUUGGCCAGGACGGACCUGGAUUUACCAUGGAUGCACGUGAUCUCAACAGGGUUAUUUGUCAGACGUUUAUCUUCUGCUAUAUUUGGUCUGUUGGGGGCAAUCUGAUAAGCACAAACUGGGAGUCCUUUGAGGCUUUUGUAAAAGAACAAUUUGCAGGCAACAGGGACGCAGAGAUUCCAGAGUCUAUGGUUCUAUGGAAUGUACACAUGAAUUUUAAGAACAUCCAUCUGCAACCGUGGGACAAGAUCAUUCCUGCUUUUAAAUACAAUUGUGAGCAGCCAUUUUUUGAGAUGCUGGUCCCAACCACAGACACUGUGCGAUAUGGCUAUUUGAUGGAGAAGCUGCUGUCUGUGCAACGCUCUGUACUUUUCACUGGUGAUACUGGAGUGGGGAAGUCAGUUGUUGCUCGAGAUCUACUAAACAGGGUGCAAGAAAAGGAGGGAUAUCUUCCCAUCUUCAUCAACUUUUCUGCUCAGACUUCCUCUGCACGCACCCAAGAAAUUAUUGAGUCUAAAUUGGAAAAGAAGAGAAAAAAUAUUCUUGGUGCUCCAGGUAAUAAAAGAUUGGUAGUCUUUGUGGACGACUUGAACAUGCCUAAGCUGGACAGCUAUGGUUCUCAGCCACCCAUCGAACUCCUUCGUCAGUUCCAAGACUUUUCUGGGUUCUAUGACAGAGGAAAGUUCUUUUGGAAAGAGAUCCAGGACAUGACUAUUUCAGCUGCAUGUGCUCCUCCGGGAGGUGGCCGCAACCCAAUAACUCCUCGAUUCAUCCGCCAUUUCAGUGUGCUGUGUUUGCCCACACCAUCAGAGUUGUGCCUCAAACAGAUCUUCAAGGCUAUCCUAAAUGGUUUCCUCAACGAGUUUGCAGGGGAAGUGAAGGCCUGCUCCUCUCACAUUGUAGACGCAGCUGUGGAGAUCUACAAUCGUUUGAGUUUGGAUUUGCUCCCCACUCCGGCAAAGUCCCACUACGUCUUCAAUCUCCGGGACCUCUCCAAGUGUGUUCAAGGCAGAUAUUUUGACAUUACUAUGGAACCGGAAAGCUUUGUGACACAUCCAAUUAUAUUUGGCGACUUUAUGAGGGUGGAUGUAGACAAAGAAUACCGCAUAUAUGAAGAUCUAACAGACAUAGAGAAGAUUCAGGCUGUUCUACAGGACUACCUUGAUGACUACAACACAACUUUCUCCAAGGAGACCAAGUUGGUGUUCUUCCAGGAUGCCGUUGAACAUGUCUCUAGAAUUGCCCGUGUGAUUCGCCAAGAGAGAGGAAAUGCACUUCUCGUAGGGGUGGGAGGCACAGGAAAGCAGUCUCUAACCCGACUAGCAGCUCAUAUGUGUGGCUAUCGGUGCUUUGAAAUCGAGCUAACCCGAGGCUACAACUAUGAGAGCUUUCAUGAAGACCUGAGGAGGCUGUAUAAAAUGGCUGGUGUGGAAGGCAAAGAUAUGGUUUUUCUCUUUACCGACACUCAGAUUGUGGUGGAAUUGUUUUUGGAAGACAUUAACAACAUGUUGAAUUCUGGUGAAGUGCCAAAUCUUUUUGAGAAGGAUGAGUUGGAACAAGUCCUGACAGCCACUCGGCCAAAAGCGAAAAAGGCUGGAAUAAGUGAAGAGAACCGGGAUGAGGUCUUCCAAUACUUCAUUUCUCGUGUUCGGGAGAAGCUGCACAUUGUGUUGUGCAUGAGCCCUGUAGGUGAUGCAUUUAGGUCCCGAUGUCGGAUGUUUCCUUCUCUCGUCAACUGCUGCACUAUUGACUGGUUUAUACAGUGGCCACGGGAGGCUCUGCUCUCUGUCUCUCAGGCCUUUUUCCAGAACAUAGACUUUGGCAGUGCUCCUCUAAAACAAAGCUUUUCCACCAUGUGUGUGGAGAUUCAUGUGAGUGUGUCCGACAUGGCUGAGCGCUACUACUCUGAGCUGAGACGCAGAUAUUACACCACACCUACCUCAUACCUGGAGCUCAUUAACCUCUACCUGUCCAUGCUUGGGACAAAGAAACAACAGUUAAUCCUUGCAAGGGACCGUGUGAAGAAUGGACUGACAAAGCUGCUUGAGACCAAUGAGCUGGUGGACAAAAUGAAAGUGGACUUGUCGGCUUUGGAGCCAGUUCUACAACAAAAGUCUAUUGAUGUUGAUGCUCUAAUGAAGAAGCUCUUUGUUGAUCAGGAGAAAGCUGAUGAGGUCCGUAGAGUAGUGAAAGAAGAUGAGGCUUUAGCUAAGUCCCAGGCAGAAGAAACUCAGGCCAUUGCUGAUGAUGCCCAAAGAGACCUGGAUGAGGCGCUGCCUGCUCUGGAGGGAGCCAAUCAGGCCCUGAACUCCCUGGACAAGGCUGACAUCUCUGAGAUCAAAGUGUUCACCAAGCCCCCAGACCUGGUCAUGACUGUCAUGGAGGCUAUCUGCAUCCUACUCAACUGCAAACCAGAUUGGCCAAGUGCUAAGCAGUUACUUGGAGAUUCAAAUUUCCUCAAACGUCUAACUGACUAUGACAAAGACAAUAUCAAGCCACAGAUCCUGCAAAAGCUGCAGAAAUAUGUCAACAAUCCAGAUUUCAUUCCUGAAAAGGUGGAGAAAGUUUCCAAAGCCUGCAAAUCGAUGUGCAUGUGGGUCAGAGCAAUGGAUCUGUACAGCAAGGUUCUGAAAGAAGUCGGCCCUAAAAGAGAAAAACUGGCCAAAGCACAAAAAGAACUGGAUGUGACUAUGGCAACCCUGAGGGAGAAACAGCAGAAGCUGAUGGAAGUGGAGAAUAAGAUCCGUGUUUUACAAGAGCAGUUUGAGAGCAGUGAGAGAGAGAAGGAGGAUCUUGUGAACACCAUGGCUCUAACACAGGCUCGUUUAACCAGAGCUGGGAAACUCACAUCUGCUCUGGGAGAUGAGCAGGUUCGCUGGGACAAGAGUGUUACCCAGUUUGAACAGGAGAUCAUCGACAUUGUGGGCAAUGUUUUUAUUGCUGCUGCCUGUGUGGCGUAUUAUGGAGCAUUCACCUCCCACUAUAGAAAGCUGCUUAUCGACCAGUGGAUAAAACAGUGCCAGGAACUGAAUAUUCCCAUCAGCUCCAGCUUCAGCCUGAUUAAGAUUCUGGGCGACCCUUAUGCGAUUCGUCAGUGGAACACAGAAGGUCUGCCUCGAGACACAGUAUCCACAGAAAACGCCAUCCUGGUGACGCAGGGCCGCCGCUGGCCUCUCAUGAUAGAUCCACAGGAUCAGGCCAACAGGUGGAUUCGUUCCAAAGAAGGCAAAAAUGGUUUAAAAGUAAUCAAAUUAACAGACCCAAAUUUUCUUCGUACACUUGAAAAUGCGAUACGUCUUGGCUUGCCUGUUCUCUUGGAGGAGCUUAAAGAGACACUGGACCCCGCUCUUGAGCCUGUUCUGCUGAAACAGACUUUUGUAUCAGGUGGACGAACUCUGAUCCGACUUGGGGACGCAGAUAUUGACUAUAACAAAAAUUUCAGGUUUUAUAUGACAACAAAAAUGGCUAACCCACAUUAUCUUCCAGAGGUGUGUAUCAAAGUCACUAUUAUUAAUUUCACGGUGACCAAGUCUGGCCUAGAAGAUCAACUACUAAGUGACGUUGUUCGCCUGGAGAGUCCCCAUCUGGAAGAGCAGAGGAAUGAGCUGAUUGUUCGCAUUAACAAAGACCGCAACCAGCUAAAAGACAUUGAGGACCGCAUACUGAAGCUACUGUUUACAUCUGAUGGAAAUAUACUCGAUAAUGAAGAGCUUGUUCAGACGCUGCAGGAGUCAAAGGUAGUGACAUCUGAGGCUAUAAAAGUUCGCCUAGAGGAAGCCGAGGCCACAGAGGUCAUGAUCAAUACAGCGAGAGAGCGCUACCGUCCCGUAGCCACCCGCGGCUCUGUAUUAUAUUUUGUUGUCGCCAGUCUCUCUGAAAUUGAUCCAAUGUACCAGUUCUCCCUCAAGUACUUCAAACAGCUGUUUGUCACCACAAUCGAGACAUCUGAGAAGAGCAGCAUCCUGGAGGAGCGUCUUCAGAUCCUACUGGACCAGAUCUUGUUGAAUUCCUACAUAAAUGUAUCCCGUGGUCUGUUUGAGCAGCACAAGCUCAUCUACAGUUUCAUGCUGUGUGUGGAAAUCAUGAGGCAGAGACGGGAGAUCUCUGAGGCCGAGUGGCAGUUCUUCCUCCGAGGAGCUGCCUCACUGGAUAAGGAAAACCCAGAGCGUCCCGAUGUGCCAUGGCUAAGUGAUUUUUACUGGAAGACUUGUUUCCAGCUUGAUCACAUCCUGCUCUGUUUCAAAGGCAUAUCCAACGAAAUCAUCAAGACUCACAUCAGUAUUAAACUAGGACGUUUUCAAGCAUCACUUAAUCCAGAGACCUGGGAGGGCUAUGUCACAGAUCUACUUCCUCUUGAGGAAUUUAAAAAGACCAAGGAAGGCGGAGUCAGGGGUCACUGGAAUGAGAGACUGGGGUCCUUCCAGAAAUUAAUCUUGAUAAAGAGCUUAAUGGAAGAGAAGGUUGUAUUCGCUACUACUGAGUUUGUGAUUGUCAAUCUGGGGAAACAGUUUGUGGAGAACCCUCCGGUCGACCUGGCCAGCCUGUACAACGACAUGUCUCCCUGCACCCCACUCGUGUUUAUCCUCAGCACUGGGUCCGAUCCCAUGGGUGCCUUCCAACGCUUUGCCAAAGAACGAGGCCAUCUUGAAAAGGUCGAGUCUAUUUCAUUGGGGCAGGGACAAGGGCCGAUAGCUGAAAAGAUGAUUCAUGGAGCAAUGGAAAGUGGGAACUGGGUUUUCCUUCAGAACUGUCACUUGGCUGUGUCCUGGAUGUUGGCAAUGGAGGAACUUAUCAAAACUUUCUCAGAACCGGAUACACGGAUCCAUGAAAACUUUCGCUUGUUCCUGAGCUCCAUGCCCACAAAAGUAUUUCCCGUCACAGUACUGCAGAACUCUGUCAAGGUGACGAAUGAGCCACCAAAAGGACUGCGAGCAAAUAUGAGAAGGGCCUUCACAGAAAUCACCACUAACUUCUUUGAGGACCACGUUCUAGGAAAUCACUGGAGGAAAAUUGUGUUUGGUGUAUGCUUCUUCCAUGCAAUAAUCCAGGAGCGGAAGAAGUUUGGCCCUUUAGGCUGGAACAUCCAUUAUGAGUUCAAUGAUAGUGACAGGGAGUGUGCUCUCCUUAACCUCAACCUGUACUGCAAAGAUGGCCCCAUCCCAUGGGACGCACUUGUUUACAUCACUGGUGAGAUCACAUAUGGAGGCAGAGUGACAGAUGCCUGGGAUCAGCGAUGCUUAAGAACCGUCCUGAAAGGAUUCUUCUCACCUCCAACUCUGAGUCCUGGCUACACUUACUCCUCCUCAGGGAUUUACUAUGCCCCAGAUUCUUGUCAUCUCAAGGACUUCAGGGAUUAUAUAGAAAGUCUUCCCAUUAUUGAUGAUCCAGAGGUGUUUGGUAUGCACGAGAACGCCAAUUUGGCUUUUCAGCGACAAGAAACUUUAUCUCUAGUCAGCACCAUACUGGAUGUGAACCCUCGGUCCUCAGCCAGUGAUGGGGCCAAGAGUAAUGAUGAAAUAGUCUGUGAGUUGGCUGAGUCCAUCUUGGAUAAACUCCCUGAGCAUCUGGACAUGAGUCAAGCUACAGAGUCCUUGUUUGUCCGAGAUGAACAUGGACGUCUGAAUUCACUCACGACGGUGCUGGGCCAGGAGACAGAUCGAUUCAACAAUUUACUGAAAGUGCUCAGGGCUUCUCUUGUAACUCUCCAAAAGGCCAUUGGGGGUCUGGUAGUGAUGUCUGAAGAGAUGGACCGUAUCUACACAAGCUUCCUCAACAACCAGGUCCCGAGCCACUGGGCGAACUCUGCAUACCCCUCCUUAAAAACACUCGCCUCAUGGGUCAAAGAUCUGGUGCUCAGGACAUUUUUUAUUCAGACUUGGAUCACACGUGGACAACCCAAAUCAUUCUGGAUCUCUGGGUUCUUCUUCCCUCAAGGCUUUCUCACUGGAGUGCUGCAGAACCACGCAAGGCAUUACAAUUUGCCUAUCGAUGAGUUGAACUUUCGCUUUAAUAUAGUGCCGCUCUACAGGGAUCAGGUGGUUGUGAGUGAAGUGAUACGAGGUCUCCCAGAAAAUGCUAAACUUGAUAUGGAUGAUGAGCUGCCUGAUCCGAAGGACGGAGUGCUGGUCCAUGGGAUGUUUAUGGACGCCAGCCGCUGGGACGAUGAGAACAUGGAGAUCGCAGAUGCUUUACCCCGAGAGAUGAACUCCAUGCUACCAGUGGUGCACUUUGAGCCUCAGCAGAACUACACCCCUGAUCCUGAAUUGUACCAGGCUCCUCUGUACAAGACGUCUGCUCGGGCUGGGACUCUCUCCACCACGGGUCACUCUACAAACUUUGUGGUGACAGUCUUGCUUCCUUCCAGCCGACCAAGUGAUUAUUGGAUCUCCAAAGCUUCUGCUCUGCUGUGUCAGUUGAAUGACUAG